UGCUGGCAGGAGCUGGACUGGAGCUGUAAGGCACUGCCAAAAAGCCUGAGUGGAUCUGGUGAGUAAGAUUCCUGAUUCUUCUGAAGGGUGGUUGAUAACUACAAGUAGGGGGGAAGUACUGCAGCCAUUUAUUGCCAGGGGGGCAGGAGAAAUCUGCAGGUCAGUUAUUUCCUGAGCCAGAAAUUAUCUUUGCUAUUACAAGUGGAUUUUUCUUUUCAGCAUUUGCUUAUUCAGUGUAUCUGAAGACAAUAUGUUGUUUUCAGAUUUGACUGAGGUUAAAAUGGAUGUCAUAUACAAGCUGAAAAUUUUGGUGAUGUUUCUGUCUCUGGCUGUUUUCAUGGUCAUGGUGGUACUGAAUGCUGCAAAUGCCACAGGGAUAUUCAAAGGUCUGUUUAGGUCAACCCCUGGAAACAUCUCGGCAAAGUACCAGACUGACUUCACACCAGCUGGCUGGACCUUCCUCAUCUGGAAUGUCAUCUACGCCUGGCAGCUUGCCUGGCUUCUCUAUGCCUUGUCAGGCAUCUGCCGAAGGAAUGAACUUGGAUGUGUCUACGUAAAGCCAGCCUUGCUGCCAAUCCCUUUCUAUGUGGUCUGGAUUCUGAAUAACGGCUUCAAUGUCGGAUGGCUCUUUCUGUGGGACCAAGAAUAUCUCCUCCCAGCCCUGGUGUUCCUGGCAGCCCUCACUUUCACCACAUGUGCCUCCCUCUUCAGUUCACACCAAGCCUUGAGCAUCCAUUCCGCGUGGUUCAUGAAGGGUCACAGAGCUGAGCUCUGGCUCAUCCGCAUCCUAGUCCAGAAUGGGCUGGCUCUCUAUGCAACAUGGACGACCAUCGCUACGCUGCUGAACUUUGCUGUUGUGUUGAUCUACAAGUGGGAUGUGCCCAAUGAGACAGCAACCACUGCUUCUCUGAGCAUCCUUACUCUAGGCCUAGUAAUAUGGUUUUAUGUAGAAAACAUCUUUCUUGACAACUAUGUCCGGUACAACCUCACCAUCUACCCAGUGGUCAUAACAGCUCUGACUGGCAGUGCAUGCAAGAACUUCUCCUUUUCAUCUCCAACAACAAAUGGCAUUUUUAUAGGUGAAUCUCUUGGGCUGUUUCCAACUCUUGUAAAAGGUGGCCAGAAAACACUUCCACACCUUUCCUGUGAAUAAAGGGCAGAAAGAGAGACUUGCACUUGGAAAGUGUUGUUUGGAAAAAGCAGAACUGGGAAUUUCUUAGAAGGUUUUUUUGUCUUGCAAAGAGAAGAGCGGAAAUCAUUGCCCAUGAGCUGUGGGGCUGGAUUAAAAUCUUGUGCUGCCCCCAGUUCACUUCCAGUAGAAUCUGUUUGCCCUAUAAUUCUCCAUUAGCCACUUGGAUCCUCUGCUGGUAGUGCCAUCAGAUGCAGGGUGGGCCAAAAGAGCAGUGUUGGGACUAAGGCUAUGGAUUUUUAUUUGCAG